GAAUCCCGCAGCCCGAGUCUCAAGUAUAACAUGUUCCGCUCCCUCUCCCUUGCCUCGUCCUUGCCCGUCAAGCAGGCCCAACCCGGUGCUCCAGCAGCAGAGUCGCCCUCCGUGUGCCCAACACGAUGCCGUCAGCCUCUCACAUCCUCUCCAUGCUGGGCCUCGUGGCCUUGCCGCUGGUAAACUCUUUGCCGAACCAUCUUGAAGCCCUACUCCACGAACCUGGUAUUACGAACCGAAACCGCGCUCAAGUUAUGGAUGUGUCCAUGUUGAACUUUGCGCCCUGGAACAUCACCGAUCUCCAUAUCCUCUGCAACCGGCCCAAUACAACAGCCGAUUACACGUGCAAUCUCACAUACCACGUGUUCGACCCAAAUUCGGUGAGGGAAAACAAGCUCACCUCCGGCGACUGCCAAAUAGACUGGUCCUGGGACGGCCACACCCACCACAACGCCGACGGCGACGGCAGCAAUCCAGUGGUUGGCUACCGGCCCUGCGUCAACGACCAACGGACCUUCAUCAAGUCGUCCGUGGUCAACUUCUGGCAUCCCGGCAACUUCACCAUCGAGGUUGUCCACCACUACCAUGACAAUGAGAACUUUACGUAUCCCUGGGACUAUCCGACCACUUUUGCCCAUGCAGACAUUCUCAUCUGCGAAGAGCAGGCUCUCCAGAAUACGAUGGAGCAUCGUUUGCCUAGCAUCGAUGCCCCUGUUGUGGGGUGUCUCGACUGAGACGUGAAGGCGGAUCUGCUGUUGAGUGGUACGGGUUUUCUGUUAGCCUUGGUCUGCGUAAGUGGUGUUGGCCGUCUCAUACUGAGCGAGGAAAGCUGCGGUGG